AUGUCUCAGAAAGAUCAAGAAAGACAAGAAGUUGACCCCAGCUCUAUCCCAUGGUAUGAGUCCCUAGACCCCUAUAUGAGCUCUCUACCUUGGGAUGAACAGGUGGAAUUAGAGGAAAAGCGAUUGGAAGAAAUGGAGAAUGAAAAUCUCAUGAACAGAGAGAAGAUUAAGAUCCUGACAGAAGAAAAUGAGAGAAAGAGCGCUGAAUUAGAAAAAUUAUCCUACCAGCUUCAGGAAAGGGAAGGUAUUAUUGAGGAGAAACAAUGGGCUCUCCAAGAUAAAAAGAAUCAGGAGCUCCAAGAAAAGCUUGAUGAAGCUCUGGAAAAAAAUAAAGAUCUGCUCCAAAAGGAGAAAAAAGAGAGCAUUGAAGGGGAUAAAAUGCUCAAGAAGAAUCAGGAGCUCCAAGAAAAGCUUGAUGGAGCUCUGGAAAAAAUUAAAGAUCUGCUCCAAAAUGAGAAAAAAGAGAGCAUUAAAGGGGAUAAAAUGCUCAAGAAGAAUCAGGAGCUCCAAGAAAAGCUUGAUGGAGCUCUGGAAAAAAUUAAAGAUCUGCUCCAAAAGGAGAAAGAAGAGAGCAUAAAACAGGAAAACAUGGUCAAGAAGAAUCAGGAGCUCCAAGAAAAGCUUGACGAAGCUCUGGAAAAACUGAACGAAAUCCACCAAGAAGAGAAGCAACAGGCCGAGCAGAGAGACAUGCAGAGCAAACUCCAAGGAAUGGAGGAAAAAUACAAAGCGCUGCAGGUGAAACAUGAUAAAACUCUGCACAAAAAUCAACAGUUGCUUCAAGACAAGAAGCAAAUGGAAAUGAAACAGAAGGAAAUGGACUCCAAGCUUGACGAGAUGGAGGAAAAACACAGAUUGCUCCAAAUCAAGCUUGAGAAAACAGCGCACAGAAAUAAAGAGUUCAUUCAAGAGAGAGAGCAACAAGAAAUGCUUGAGAAAGAAACGGACUCCAAGCUUGAAGUCUUGGAGGAAGAACUGAAAAUGCUGCAAAUAACUCUUGAGGAAACACUCCUCAAAAAUAAAGAGAUGCUUCACGAGAAAGACCAACAGAAAGUACAUCAGGAAGAAAUGGAUUGCAAGCUGAGGAACAUCAAGAAACAAAAUGAAGGCUUGCAAGUUAUGCUUGAUGAAGCUCUGGAGAGAAAUAAAGAGUUCCUUCACGAGAAAGAUCAACAGAAAAUACAAAAGGAGGAAAUGGAUUGCAAGCUGAGGAACAUCGAGAAACAAAAUGAAGGCUUGCAAGUAAUGCUUGAUGAAGCUCUGAAGAGAAAUAAAGAGUUCCUUCACGAGAAAGACCAACAGAAAAUACAAAAGGAAGAAAUGGAUUGCAAGCUGAGGAACAUCGAGAAACAAAAUGAAGGCUUGCAAGUAAUGCUUGAUGAAGCUCUGGAGAGAAAUAAGGAGAUCCUCCAAGACAAGAAACAAGAGCCUGUAGAGCAGAGAGGCAUGCAGAGCAAACUCCAAGCCCUGGAGGAAAAAUUCAAAGCUCUGCAGGUGAAGCAUGACAAAACUCUGCACAAAAAUCAACAGUUGCUUCAAGACAAGAAGCAAAUGGAAAUGAAACAGAAGGAAAUGGACUCCAAGCUUGACGAGAUGGAGGAAAAACACAGAUUGCUUCAAAUCAGGCUUGAUAAAAAAGUGCACGGAAAUAAAGAGUUCAUUCAUGAGAGAGAGCAACAAGAAAUGCUCAAGAAAGAAACGGACUGCAAGUUUGAAGUCUUGGAGGAAAAAUGCAAAAUGCUCCAAAUAACUCUUGAGGAAACACUCCUCAAAAAUAAAGAGUUGCUUCACGAGAAAGACCAACAGAAAAUACAACAGGAAGAAAUGGAUUGCAAGCUGAGGAACAUCGAGAAACACAAUGAAGGCUUGCAAGUAAUACUCGAUGAAGCUCUGGAGAGAAAUAAAGAGAUCCUCCAAGACAAGAAACAACAGCCCGUAGAGCAGAGAGACCUGCAGAGCAAACUCCAAGCCAUGGAGGACAAAUACAAAGCGCUGCAGGUGAAGCAUGACAAAACUCUGCACAAAAAUCAACAGUUGCUUCACGACAAGAAGCAAAUGGAAAGGAAACAGAAAGAAAUGGACUCCAAGCUUGACCAGAUGGAGGAAAAACACAGAUUGCUCCAAAUCAGGCUCGAUAAAAAAGUGCACGGAAAUAAAGAGUUCAUUCAAGAGAGAGAGCAACAAGAAAUGCUCAAGAAAGAAACGGACUGCAAGUUUGAAGUCUUGGAGGAAAAAUGCAAAAUGCUCCAAAUAACUCUUGAGGAAACACUCCUCAAAAAUAAAGAGUUGCUUCACGAGAAAGACCAACAGAAAAUACAACAGGAAGAAAUGGAUUGCAAGCUGAGGAACAUCGAGAAACACAAUGAAGGCUUGCAAGUAAUACUUGAUGAAGCUCUGGAGAGAAAUAAAGAGAUCCUCCAAGACAAGAAACAACAGCCCGUAGAGCAGAGAGACCUGCAGAGCAAACUCCAAGCCAUGGAGGAAAAAUACAAAGCUCUGCAGGUGAAGCAUGACAAAACUCUGCACAAAAAUCAACAGUUGCUUCAAAACAAGAAGCAAAUGGAAAUGAAACAGAAGGAAAUGGACUCCAAGCUUGAAGAGAUGGAGGAAAAACACAGAGGGCUCCAAAUCAGGCUCGAUAAAAAAGUGCACGGAAAUAAGGAGCUGCUUCAAGAAAAAGACCAACAGAAAAUACAACAGGAAGAAGAAAAACUUAUUCUUCAGAGGAAAAAUCAAGCACUCCAAGAAUUGUAUAACGAAACGAGGUACAAAACAACUGUACUGGAAGGAGAAAAGAAAAAAAUGGAAAAACAGUGCUCAGCGAUGCAGAGCAGCAUCAAUGAAAUGCUGAGUAAAAAUACAGAACUGGAGGAACUUUCUAAGAACUUGAAGUACAAAAACACUGAAAUCCAGGCGCAAAAGCAAGAACAACAGAAAACACAUAAAGACCUGCAGUGUAGACUUCAAGAUAUCCAGAAGAGAAACCAGCAGCUGGAAGACAUGUACAAGAAAGUAGAACAGAGAAAUACAGAUGUGCACAAGGCAAAGAGAAUAGAGGAGGCAACAGUUAAAGAACUGAAAGACAAGCUUAAAGAAAAACAAGAACAAUUAGAAGACAUGGUGAAAAGAUGCAGCAAAUGUGAGAAAGAAAACACAGAAACAAUGGAUGAGCUGAAAACCCUCAUCCUUGAGAAAAAAGUGCUCGUGGAACAGUGUCUGAAAAAGAAGAAAAAACGCUUCCACUGGUUCUGGAAGAGGGACACUGCUGCUUCUCACCUGAUGUAA